UUGCGAGCUGGCCGGCGGGCUGCCUGACGCCCCCCCCCAACACACCACCGUGGCUGCCAACUCGGCCCCCCUGGCGGCCUACCCGCCCGCCCCAGAUAUGUCCCACAUGUCCUCCUACUACAACGCCUACCCGGACUACCGGCCGCCCCACCCGCCCGAUGAAUACCCGGGCGGCCAGGGCGGGGGUGGGGGCGGCGGGGGGCACUGCGGCCAGGAGUACGACCCCCGGAUGCCCCCGACACACCCGUACUACACCCAACAAGGCUACCCGCGCUACCCGCCCUACGACAGACUCAUGAACAACUACUACAACGCGCAAACCCCUCAGCACCCUCACACUCCGCACGGCAUGCAGCCCCACGACGCCCACGACUACCGCGACCCCUCACCCGCCGCGCCCACCUGCAUGGGUCAGCAGGCCUCCCCGCCCGUGCAGCAAUAUCCCUCCUGCAAGAUGGCGGGGCAGGGGCCUCCUCAGCAACCCCAGCAGCCACAGCAACAACAGCCACAGCAACAGCCCCCGGGCAUGGACCCCAACGGUGGUCCUCCCCAGGACACCUCGCUGCACAUGGCCGCGCAGGACCACCAGGGCUGGGGUGCACAACAGCAGCCCCAGCAGCAGCAGCAGAACGCGUCCUCAGCCCUCCCCUCACCCCUCUACCCUUGGAUGAGAAGUCAGUUCGGUAAGUCAAGCUCCGUUUGUUUCAUAUUAUUCUUACCAUUAUUCACUCGACUGUCUUCUGUCUCUCCUUCUCUCUCUUUUUGUAUAUUGAAGUCUUGAAGUCUUGAAGUCUCCGUUGAAGUCUUGCAGUGUAGGGUA